AUGGGAAAAAGCGACAUCAAAUCCUCAGCCACUAAACCAAUUAUUGUUCAAACUGAAGGGUCUAGAUUCAAUGCAAGAAUCACCCUCAUCGUCACCGAAUCAAACUACAAUGUGUGGUCUUCAAUUAUUGAGAUGCACAUUGCAGAACGUGAAAAACUCUCAUACUUUUGCAACAAAGUCGAGCAGCAAGCAAAAUCAGAUGAAACGUAUGACAAAUCGUAUUCAGAAAAACCAAAGAGUCAUGGGAUGGUUGUUGAUGUCGAUAACUCCUGA